GUUAAGAGAGAUAUGAAUAAUGGUUAUCGUGUUGGUUCAAGAAAAGGAAGAUUUCGUGGACGUAGAUCCGCUACCCCUUCACUUACCCUUUGUACAGAGAGAGGCUUGAGACAGGCUAUUCUUCUCCACCCAACAAAUCCUUCCAAUUUAGAAGAUUUCAUAUGCCCCUUUCCGGAGGCAGACCGAUUCAUGCCAAUAGAAAACGUGGUCAGAAUCAUGCGCAAUAUCCUUCCUCCCCAUGCCAUGAUAUCCGAUGAAUCCAAAGUAGCCGUCCAAGAGUGUAUCUCUGAGUUCAUAGGUUUUGUAACAGACCAAGCCAACGAUGAUUGCCAGCAUGAGCAGCGCAAUACCAUCAUGGCUGAAGACUUGCUUUCUGCCUUGAAAAAAAUUGGUUUUGAUGACUACAUUGAACCCUUGACUUUGUACCUGCAUCGCUAUCGUGAGGUUGAUGGUGGUGCGGAUAGAUCCCUGAAACGAGAGUCUUUGUUGUUGAAGCGUCCAAUGGUUUGUCCAGCUUCAGGCUACAGCAUCACGCCCAACCAUCUGCCUCCUAAUCUUGAUAUGAAUCAUCCACCACCAAUGGGUGAUGAUUUUAUGAAGGAGGAUGCAUCAAACACAAGCACUUCUCGGUGUACAGUAUCUACUGUGGAUAAUGAAGUUAAUUCUCUUGCAAAGGGGGGUAAGGAGUGAUCAGAUUCUGCUGAAGGAAUUAUGCUAUUGUUGAAACUUAAUUUACAAUGUUUACGAAUGUUUCUUUCGAACUAA